UUUGGGUUAAUUCCCUAUUUAAAAUUCAUGCGUAAUUUCCAAGAAUUCCAGAUGUACAAGGACUAUCAUAAAGUUUUAGAUUUGGUUGUUUGGGCUUAGUUUGCGUGGGAUUGCGAUCGUAGGAGUUUAAAGCGAAAGCUGCGAGCAUAAACCGUGAACAUGGAACAAGGAAUUCGGGACCUUUUGAAAGAACACUACCAAGAUAUGAUGAGAGAUAUUACAGAACCUCAUAUUCUUGCUAAUGGCAUCAGUGUUUUAACGCCCGUCGAUUUAGAGAGAAUAGAAGCUGAAACGCGAGAGAGAGGAGCGAGUACAGGUGUAUUUGAACUCCUGAACAGGCUACAAAAGCGAGGUCCACAGGCUUUUCCGCAACUGAUUGAAGCACUAAGAAAAUCGAAAUACGAUGAGAUAGCGAAUAAACUGGCAAGAAUAGCUGAAUCCCGGAAGCUUUACCGAAAUAGAUGCAAUAGACAAACAGGUAAUAACACUGAAGUAGUUGCAAGAGGACCAUGGGCAGGUCCAAAGCCUCCUCAAACUGAGAGAUCCUUGUCUUAUCCAGUGCAGCAACAAACAUCUCUCAACCAUCAAGAUUCUACAGAAGAGUUGCAUGCUUCUCGAUCAACUCCAGUGUUAACUCACAUUAAUAUACCAAGACCAGAAGAUUUGACACAGCAUGAAGAAAAACCCCAACAACUAAAGUACAAGGGAAAAGACACUUUACUGAAAGACAUUCCUUCUAGUCUUAAAGACAAAGUAGUGAACAUGCUAAGUGUUGAGGAUGCUUUGGGCAAAGACUGGAAAGGAAUAGCAGGUGCACUUCAGCUAACAGCCGAAGAGCAGGGACAAAUAAAGUCUUGUUCUAAAAUAAGUCCCAUGGAAGAAUUGUUUAAUCAAAUGCUUCACAAGGGCUACUGUGUCGUUGAUCUCAUCAAAAUGUUGAAGAAAAUUUACAGAUUUGAUGUUAUUGGAGAAAUUAGUAAAGCUGGUUAUUAUUCUCAAGAUCUGGAAGAAGGUGUGGAAUCUCCUACACAAGGUGCUGAUGAUUUAGCAGCAAAAAAAUUGGAUAAGGGGCUGCCACUACCUAAACAAGUAUCAGAAGACUCUUCAAUGGAGGAAGAGAAGACAGAUGCUGUCAGUCCGACUGCAAUAAGUCCACUCUCACCAACUGACUUUACAAUGGAGCAAAAGGAGAGAAAAGGUUUCAGUCCAACUGCAAGUCCACUUUCUCCAACUGACUUUACGAUGGAGGAAAAGAAGAGAGAUGAUAUCAGUCCAACUGCAAGUCCACUUUCGCCAACCAGAUCAGACAAUUCUACAGUGAAAGAACUGGAUAAGAAGAAAGUAGAGAAGGGAGGAGAUGUUAGAUGUCUUACCCAAGGCCUGCCCUUGCCAACUAAAGUACCAGUGUUUGGUUCUGAUGAUAACACAAAGCAAGAAUUGGAUAUGAAAAAAGGAAGUUCUAUUGCAGGUCAAUCUUCAGAAAAUGAAGAUGCAGAGUUUGGUUCUGAUAAGAAAGGAGAUGUAAGCAAUUGUGCUGAGAGUUUCCCCUCGCCAACCCAAGUGUCAGAGUUUAAUUCUUUGGAUGAAAAGCUAGACGAGAAAAAAGAAGCUCAUUUUUCACAAGAAAUAGAAAAUGCUAAGAAGGAAGAGCAAGAUCAGAGUGAACCACUUACUGACAUGACACCCUUUGAAGAAGAAGUUUUCUUUCCAGACACCCUUCAGUCCAAAGCAAUUUUCAUAACCUGUGAGAAAUACAAAAAAAUGAGUAAUCUUCCCCAUCUGAAUAAAGAAACCAAGAAACUGUGUCGUGAACUGGAAGAUGGUAAUUGGGAAGUGUUUCCGUUGAAAGACAAUAACUCUGUAAAGAUGAAAAGUGAAUUGGACUUGAAGCUGCAUAAUCUCAGCAAAACCGAUGUUUGCCUUGUCUACCUCGCUGGCCACACCUUACAAAUAAAUGGAGAGAAUUACUUGUUGCCGAUAGACGUGGAGUCGAAUUUAGCAGCAGCCGACAUCGUGGAUUCUUGCUUAAAUAUCAACAGUCUUGUAAACCAGCUGAGCAAAAAGGCAUUGAUGGCGCUGAUCAUAGUAGAUGGCGGACACUAUAACCAAGAAAAGUUCGAGUGCCCUUUUGUCCUAACCGGUCUUACCUCGAUCAUUCCUCCUCCCAAUACUGUCAUUGCGUUUCCUUGUCAACCAGGUUACAUAAGACCGAAAGAAGAGACGCUUUCAUACCUAAAAGCUCUCGUAGAUAUCAUCAAGGAAAAGAAGCAUCUUGCUCUGACUGACUUGUUUGAGUUGGUGCGAGACACACUGAAAGACUGCCAAAGUUUGCCGGUGGAAUUUUCACUUUCAUCGUCACUUCUGCCGAUCUAUUUGAAUACUAACGAAGAUGACGAAGGCAUUACUAUUUGGAAGCCUGAUGAAAAGACUCCACGUCGUGCCAUCGUGUUUUGUGACCAUAGCUUACAUAAGAAGACAGUGCUAACCAGCGCAGGACAUUUGGAAUCUGCGUUGAAACAACUUGACUGGCAAGUUCAGAUGUGCGCCAACCUAAAACCCGAGCAAAUCAAAAUGAAAAUUCGUCAAUCAUUAAAAAGACUGCAAGGCAUGAACGUAUUCAUGCUGUACUUCAUUGGCUACGUAACCAAGGAUAAACACUCAAUAGGCCAAGAAAACUACGAAUUGAACAUUUUUGCACAUUCCCAGAAGCUGUCAAUCCAGUGGGUAGUGAAUAUAAUGACAGAGUACGUUACUGGGCCGAAGAUCCUUGUGGUCGAUGAUCCAAGUGUACCUGUCCGACAUCCUCUCAGUACCAUGACUCCUCUGCCACAGGAAGUCCUAACAUGUCUGCCAAAUGGAAACCGGGAAAGGAUCCGAGAAGAGGAAAAUAGUUUUACACUCCUCUUUGCUCAAAACCUGAGUAAAUCUCGUCAAUACGCGCUCAAAACCGUCAUAACAAAUACCGCAAGAACUUGGAAAUAUCAUCACGUAAAUUCCUCGCUAUUUUACGCUUAAAAAAAUAUGAGGUCAAGUCCCCUUCACCAUAAAGUCGAAUUAUUUAGUAUUUAAAAAACUGGUUGAAGUGAUCGAAAUUUUUAAUAUGUUUACCAAACCGUAAUCAAGUAAUUGACUGGGUAAAAAUAGUUCGCGAUGAAACAAAAAAUCAAACAAAAACAAAAAAAAACAGCAAAAAAACAAAAACAUACGAACAAUUACAACUAUAGAAAUAAUAUCAAUUAACCUCUAUUACCUAUUUUACCACAAAUCGUUCGAAUUUCUCGCACACGGAUUGGCUCAGUACUAUGAUCGAUUAGAGAACAGACAAAUGAGCUGACGUUUAAAAAGACGUCGAAAAAAUGCGUGUUAGUGAUUUAUUUUGUGGCAAAAAAACAAAUCGAAGUCCAUUAUCUAUGGUCUGUACCCUUAUCGAACAAGAAGAAGCGUCAGCAUAUGAUCCAAACUUUGCAGUGAAACCACUCGCUGCGCUCAUAGUUCCACUUCAAGGAGUUUGGAUCGUAUGCUGAUGCCAUUCCAUAUUCAGAGUACAGACCAUAAAAAGACCUCGAUGUUUUAAAUAUCUACUGACAAACACGAUUCGAAUUAGACAGUAGGGCCAGGUUUGAUAAUAAGAGGAUAUUAAUUUUCGUAACUUAUACAGCACUUCACAUCGUGGGAAUGUUUAGGAUUUUAGAAAGCACAGUUUUUAUUGUACAUUGUGAAAUAACUUAUUCACUCCAUUUAUAUUAAAUUUUUAGAUGGGUUUAUAAUAGCAUCAUUAGUAACCAAGUAGAUAAAGUAUAUUCACCGUUAGGCGUGGUUCAAAACUAUUUAGAGGGGAGGGGUACGUGACACACUGAAGACCAUGGGAUCUUAGCUUUAAGCACCUCUGGCCUUUAGUAUUUAGAUUUUUUAAUUGUCGUUUAUAUAUUUUACAGCCAAAAGCAAUGCCCAUUAGCACAUGAUGAUUGUAUAGUUGUAAUAAGACUAGAGAAAAUUAAUAAAUAUAAGCAUCGUUUAAAUCAUUGAAAAGAAACCCUUUUGCAUGCAUGGAUUGGUAGUUUGUCUGAUGUGGUCGUCUAGCUACGUUACGAAAGUUACACAAAGUUACUCGGAUUUUGCUCUCGUUCCAUAUCCGGGCCUCCUGACCGGUAAAUAACCUUUAUGUAUGACACGGGAUCCCAUACUGUGUUCAGUAGAGCUUGUAUUUUUCGACCUUUUUCAUGAAAUAUAAUCCAAAUGAAUUCG